AAAAAAAAACCGUUUGGCGGACCAAUUUUUUUUAAUUUGCUUCGUCAUAUCCACUUCCCCGGUCCUCCGCCACUCUACGGUUCCACCCCAGCCUGCCUCCCCUCAUCAAUUAACCCAUUAAAGCCAUCCCAAAAUCCACCGCGUCAACGCCAAGUCUACCGCCGCCAUCUUCAUCGACUCUGCAGUCCACAAUCCGAAACACGCAAUUAGAGUCAGUCCACGAUCACACCAAAAUUCCCAAUUUGCUUAACCAAAAGCCUCAGUUCUUAAGUCUCUUUUUCCUCAAGACACGCAUGUGGGUUUGCGAAGUAUGAGACUUGCGGGUCAUUUGAUGAUCAGGGUUUAAGCUUGAUGUGCUUUUUCCAAUGACUGUAGCCCUGAGAUGUCAAGUUUGCGAGUUUUGGGGUGCCUGUAAGGUGUUUGAUGAAAUGCCUAAUAGAGAUAUUGCAUAUUGUUUGGAAUGCUUUGAUAUGUGAAUUGACAUAUGAUUCUAAAUGAAGCUUUGGAGUUAUUCAUAGUAUGCGUAGGAUGGGGGUGGAGGGAACAGAGGCUGCCAUGCUUUGUGCUUUGUGCUCUGUCAGCCUCCUCUGGUUAGGAGCUUUGAAGUUUGUGUUGUGAAUUUCCAACAGUUUGAAGAGGAUAUAAUAACGACCUGAAGAGACCUAUUGCUAUAGGAGGAUAAGUUGGAUAUAUAUGAAGGUUAUAGACUUAUAGUAGUGUGUUAUGUAGUGAUUCAUAUCAAUGAAAUGUAUGGUAAAAAUGGGUCAAUUCGCGGGUAAAGCGUAUGAUGUGCUUGGCACAAGGGGCAAGAAGACUAUUAUUAUACAGAACACAGACGAUGGUUACGGAUCGAGUUUGCAGCGAAUGAGCGUGAGGGUGGCAGCAAUUGGCAAGUGUUUGAGUACUCUCUGCAGCAUAUAAUACAAGAGAUAAGUACUAAUCCUUUCCACUCUUGUUUAGCGCGUUUUUAGGAUCAUGAUACAAAGUUUUGUUGCAGAAUGUCUCUAUUAUAUACUGAAAGUCUGAAACUAUGUUUAUCACAAAUGAUUUUCACUAGAAAACACAUUAGCUGUUAAGUUGGGUGUUAAAAAACACAGAACGAACACUUGACAGGAGUUUGAUUAAAUUAAGACAUCAUCUUGUAGAUAUUGUAUUCGUUGUUGUAUAACUGAUGAUCUUUCAAAUCUUCAACAUGAACGAUAUAUUAAUAUUAACGAAUAAUUUUAUCAUUGAUCAAUUCAUUAGUUGGCAAGUUUGCUUAGAAGAGACAAUGUGAAACUAAGCCCGAGGAUGACCAUGUUAUCUCUCAGAGUCUCAAUUAAUUAUAAGAUUCCUUGUGUCUUCUGUUACUUUGGUAUACAUAGAGGCAAAGAAGAUGAAUAACUCAUCAAAUCAAAACUUCUAUCUUACAAUUCUUAGCCUUAAAACAAACUUAAAAGAACAUAACUAAAAAUGGCUUCUUACCACACUCGAUCUUUCAGUUUCCCCUCAAACUCUCACCCAGUUGCUGAUCAGUUGGAUGCACAAUUGAGCAGAUUGAGAUCAUCUCAAGCUGCUUCAACUUCAUCCCUCACCAGCAAACUUAGCGGCCUAAAUGAUUUAUACAAGUGUGUUGAAGAGUUUCUUCAACUACCCCAAAAUCAGAAAACUGUAUCUCAGUCUCAAGGUGAAAAUGUAGUUGAGCAAGUGUUGGAUGGAUCUCUUAGACUACUUGACAUCGUUUCAACAUCUCGAGAUGUCUUGGCACUUUCAAAGGAAAGACUCCAAGACAUACAAUCAGUGCUUAGAAGAAGGUGUAGUGGUGAAAUUGACAUUACUAAUGAAGUCUCUGAGUACCUAAAAUCACGUAAAGCAUCCAAGAAGAUUAUCAAGAAGUGUUUGAAAGAUAUCAAUGCAGUUGACAAAACUAACGAGUCUAUUGCCAUCGAGAGCAUGCUUAAAGAUGUGCAAACAUUGACAGUUGAUGUCUUCAAGUCGUUGUUAUCCUACAUCGGUGGAUCACAGAAAAGUAGCUGGUCUUUCUCAAAACUUGUUCGCCAAGGAUCUGAAAAGGAAGCAGCAGCAUCCAUCAGUGAAUUUGAAGCUGUUGAUGCUACUCUUAGCCAGAAAAACAAAGUUAAUGUUGACAUGUCACAAUUGGUCAAAUUGGAAUCCGAAAUCCAAGAAAUUGAUGAAGUGUUGGAAAGCUUGUUUAGGCAUCUGGUUAAAACAAGAGCAACUCUUCUCAAUGUCCUUAGUAAUUAGCUAGAACAGAAAUUCUUUCCUGUACAAAAUUUUUGAUACUUGAAUAUACAUAUGAAUAUACUAGCACAAUUUUCUCGAAUUUUGUUUGUGUUCUUCAAUAAAUCAAUACUUCCUAUCAUGCCUUAUUACAGUCUCGAUAUUUUUACAGUAUGAGAUGUUGAGAUAUAUGGAUUAACUUGAGUAAGUUACAAAAAACAGUAAAUUUGUUUUAAGAAGAACUCUGUUUUCUCGAUGAAGGUUGACUUAUCAGAAUGACUCCAUGUGAAGUAUGGAUUGAAUUGGCUCGUGAACUAGCUGUAAGAUUCCAGUUGUCUGCAGGAGCUUCAGAAAUAUGGUUGUAAGGGCAUGGAUGGUAAUUUAUUGUCUCCUAUAAUCAGCUGUUGCUUAGGAUCAUGAUGGACUUACAGGGAGCAGCAAAUGACAUAGAAAUCGAGAAGAUGAGCAUUGAACGUGUUUAUAUGAUUUUCUCCAAUGCAGAGAUUGCCUAGCUACUUUCUUGGAUCAUGUUGACAACUUGUAUGUUUUAAUAUGUAGGUGGAUAAGUUAUAUUCUUAAUUCAGAUGUCGUUCGUGCAAAGCAUUAGAUUAGGAUCUUCAAAAUUUAAAUGCUUAGGGUAACCAUGCUAGUUAGUUUUACUUAUUCCUGGACUAAUGUUGUAAUGUUGUAAGGAAGAGCAUUUGUGAAGGAAAUGCAAGGGGAACUCCACAAUCUCACAAGAGCCAGAUUUAUGAGAGUCACACUGCAAUCCUCAUGCGCAUUGAAGAAAGUCUCUGAACCAGAAGCCACCACCACAGAUCCUGCCUUUACUGUUGAUGUCUCACAAAAACUUAGUCUUCUCUCUCUAUAAGAUCAGUUUACUGUUUUUAUUUUUGUGGUUUGUGUCUGCAUUCUUUAUAUCCAUUUCUAUCUUACUCGAUCUGAAUUGUGUGCUUUGUUACAAUUAAACUCCGAGUCUAUUUUAAGUGAAAAAUUUGCUCGUA